GGCAAAUUGGGCGGACACAUAAAAACUGUAAAGGAUCCACAGAUGCUGGAUCAUUUGGAAAGUCUGCCUGGCUGUUCUGGGGACGGAUACAGUGCGCCAAACGACUCUCCUCUGAAGGGAUUAAGGAGCCGAAAAGACACCGAACGCUUCCUUUAAGGCUCGUUUCGGCGUUUUUACGCCUGGACCGACUCCAUUCUCGGAUACUCGGACCUCUACUGAUGGAAGAGGGUCACUCCAUCGUUCACCUGCAGCCUCCCCACACCACCUAACAUUUCUUGGAAGAACGUGUCCAUCGCCUGCUCCCCAACAAACAUGGACUGUUUUCCCAUGCUUUAUUUUCUGUCGAGACAUCAUGAUUCCUGGUAAUCGAAUGCUGAUGGUCAUUUUAAUAUGCCAAGUCCUGCUGGGAGAGAGCAACCAUGCUAGUCUAAUACCUGAAGAAGGGAAAAAGAAAGUUCCCGGCCUGCAGGGUCGUUCGGCCGCUCAGAGCCAUGAACUGCUACGCGACUUUGAGGCCACGCUGCCAAUGUUUGGCCUCAAGAGGCGGCCGCGGCCCAGCCGCUCAGCCACCGUGCCACGUUACCUGAUGGACCUCUAUCGGCAGUCGGGGUGUGAGCGAGGAUGCUGGGGUGCAUGACAUUGCUUUGAGUAUCCAGAGAGGUCAGCAAGCCGAGCCAACACUGUGAGUUUCCACCAUGAAGAGCACAUGGAGAGAGCGCACGAUCUGGACGAGACAAUGCCUCUUCGCUUCUUGUUCAACCUCAGCAGCAUCCCAGAGGAUGAGCUGCUCUCGUCGGCGGAACUGAGGCUCUACCGCCACCAGAUUGAUGAGGCCAUUGCUGGAGCUGUCUCAGAUGACCAGAGACUUCAUCGGAUAAACGUGUACGAGGUGUUGAAGCCCCCGCAGGGGCAGCUGAUCACGCAGCUCUUGGAUACGCGUCUUGUGCGCCACAACACGUCUAGCUGGGAGAGCUUCGACGUCAGCCCGGCUGUGCUACGCUGGACACGUGAGCGCCUUCCCAAUUACGGGCUGGCUGUGGAGGUUUUGCACCUUAACCAGACACCGCGUCAUCAAAAUAGACAUGUCCGUAUCAGCCGCUCACUACACCAGGAGCCGGGCGAGGACUGGGAGCAGCUGCGCCCUCUCCUGGUUACAUUCGGCCAUGACGGGAAAGGCCACCCUUUGACGCGCCGGACCAAACGCAGCCCUAAGCAACGGGGCCGCAAGCGCAACCGUAACUGCCGGCGCCAUGCGCUGUAUGUGGACUUCAGCGAUGUACACUGGAAUGACUGGAUAGUGGCGCCUCCUGGUUACCAGGCGUAUUAUUGCCAUGGGGAAUGCCCCUUUCCUCUGGCAGACCAUCUGAACUCAACCAAUCAUGCCAUUGUUCAGACACUGGUGAACUCUGUGAACAACAACAUUCCCAAGGCCUGCUGCGUGCCAACAGAGCUCAGCGCCAUCUCCAUGCUUUACCUAGAUGAACAUGACAAGGUGGUCCUAAAAAACUACCAGGAAAUGGUAGUGGAGGGCUGCGGCUGCCGCUAACAUGCAAACUAUCUAGAACUCGGACUGGGCAACUUGAAACAAGCAAAACAGACAUUAAAUCAGAAGGUCUUUACUCCCAAAAAAUGUUCACUUGGACCCCUAUUUAUAACUUUUAUGUUGAGGUGUAUGUUUGUCUCAUCAUAUCAUAUAUUUUGACAAAAUAUAUAUAUUUAUAUCUACAUAUUAAAAAUAAAUUGAGUUCUUAUUUUAAACAAAUAAAAAGCUGUACAACUUUUCAUAAUGUACAUUAGAUUGUAUGUUUUUUAUUAAGAAAAUAGUAAAAACUGUAUCAAAUUUAUUUACUGGUAAUAUUUAUUGCUUUCCAUAUAAUAUACAUUUUGGAGAAAAAUAAAAACAUGAAUUGCU